AUCCACAAUUACAAGCCCACAAACGACUGAUGCAAUCCCUAAACCAACCAAAGUAAGCCAUCAAUUGCAACCAACUACACUAAGCUCACAAUCAAGCAUAGUUAUUCCGCAGUCAGCCAACGCAAGCCCAUCACCAACCGAUAUUAACCCAUCACCAACAGACGCAAGUCUACCAUCAACCGACACAACACCAUCACUAACCGACACAAGCCGAUCACCAACCAGCACAAGCACACCAGCAACGGACGCAAGCGCAUCACCAAUGCAGAAAAGCUCGUCGCCAACGGGUACAAGCACACGACCAACCAACGCAAGCCCAUCACCAACCGAGGCAAGCACACGACCAACCAACGCAAGCCCAUCACCAACCGAGGCAAGCACACGACCAAUGGACGCAAACACAUCACCAACUGACGCAAACACACCUGCAAUAAACGAAAGUCCAAAACCAACAAAUGUAAGUCUACCAUCUACCAACACAAGUCCACGCUCAAGUCCACAGCCAACAAAUGGAAGCACACCAUCAACAACCAAGAUAUGUAAAUGCGCAGAACCACCUAAAAAGAAACCAGUAAAAAAAGACGACUGCUUCAAAGGUACGUACUGUUUACAAUGGCAGAAUACUAUAUGUAAUUUCUAUCUGGAGAACAUGGACCUAAGACUUCACCGUAUAUGCACAUCAUUCCAGCGCUAGCAUGUAGUGAUCUGUCUAAAUGUUAAAAUAGGAACUGAAGUAAAAUUUGCUACAUUUCCACGAUUAUCCAAGCAACAAAGAAUGCCGUUUACACACCGAGUUAUUUAUAGAUUUGUGAAUAUAUGUAAAUGAAACAGCCGUUAUUACUUUUAAGAUCUUGGGGAUGAAGCAAAAGUAAUUUACUUCAUUUCCUCUUUAGACAGAAAACUGGAUGCAGGGCGAAGAUUUUGGCAUAUUAUGCUAUUAGGUUUUGGGCUCAACUAACAAUUUCCGCUAUACCAUAUACAGGGAGGGGGGGGGGUUGGCUAGAGUGUUCUACCCGCUAAGAGAUUACACAAGGAUAGUGAUAAGAUGGGACAGUUUUAAGACCAACUGCAUAACAACCAGGCUGGCAAAUCCACAAAUAAAUUGAAUGCUUAAUACAUAUAUGUUACCCUACACAUACGUUUCAGUGGCUAAAGGGCAGUUCACGUUCGACAAAGAAGGAACAGAAGGAGGAAGAUGGCACAGCCGAAAGCUUCAUGUACCGACUAAAAGUUCUGGUUUAACCAUAGGCCGAGGUUACGACAUGAGAGACAGAAAAGAUAAAAAAAGUAUUGAAAAAGACCUCAUAAAUGCAGGAAUAGAUAAGGCAAAAGCAAAACUGCUUUCUUCUGCUGCAAGACUUUGGGGGAAAAAGGCCAAAAAGUUUAUCAAG